UUAAUGCAGACGGGGAGGUGAGAGCAACGACUGAUGUUGACACCAGUCUAAUGACAGUUUUCAAUUUAAAGACGAAUCGAUACUUGACAACCAUAAAGGAUAUAUAUUAGGUACUCAACCGGAGUAGAAAUGCAAGACUUGAACCUACAACAAUGGAACUGAUUCCAUAGAGAGGCCUGGAUAAACCUCAGUGUUAGCAAAGAUGUCUGGAGGCAGGCUCUUCAGCAAGGUGCGGUCCGUCUUCAGGAGGGAGAGGAACGACUGGGACCUGAGCGACACCGAGCCUUUCGACUUCUCCAACGAGCUGGGGGACGACGAGACGCCCAAAUUCAACAAGCUCAAGGUGGUGGUCUCCGGGGAGAUGUCGGACUACUCCUCCGGGGCUAACUCCAACGGGGUGGCGGUGAACACGCUGGUGGUGUCGGCGGAUGAUGAUGACUCCCUGCUGGACUCUUCCUCCAGCCUGGGCAGCCCGGGGCUCAACAUGGACCCCUGCGAGAACUGCACCAAGAAGAGGGACAGCAUCAAACACAAGAAAGUGAUGAAGAGGCUGGUCAUGGCAGCUUUGCUCUAUUUCCUCUUCAUGACAGGGGAAAUUGUCGGUAAGAUGUGCAGAGUGAACCUCACACUACAUACAGCUCUGGAUAAAUGAAGAGACCACUGCAGC